AUGUCAGCCUUCCUCCGAUGCUGUUGGGGGCCAUCAACAUGGCGGCCGAUUAGUGAAAUCCCACGGCAAUCUCGACUCAUAGCUCGGUUCUCUCAGACGGCAGCUCCAGCUACUACACGACAGACCCUCCGCAUAGGGAAUAUCCAAUGGAAUAUACUGGGCUCUGCUACGUUAUUAGCUCCAAACCCAUCUGCAGUGACCCCAGAUAGUAUUCUAUCAAAACUCCCCUCAUUCAGCUCCCAACUACAUCCCGACAGCCAUGUUCCGCUCCUCCUCGUUACACCAGCAUUCGCCCAAUGGCUAGAGAAAGACCAUACAUUCAUCCCGAAGUUACUACACCAUUGCUUCCGGGAAGCUGCUGCGGCCGAGAACCUCGAGAUAUGCUCAGUGGAAGCGGUGGUAGACAAGCUACCUGUCCCUACCAGCAUUAAACAUCAUGGUAUGGAAGGACUGUCGCUGGCGAUUGUCAACUGGGGCGCUAUAUCGGGAAAAUUAGUGCCUCAAAGAGGCAUUGAGAAUAUCUCGCCUUCUCAUAUUGAGCCGAAGCUCUCGAUUUCUAUUCGUGACCCGUCAACAAGUACGGAGCUUGAGAUUGGAAUGCUCAUGGCAAACACGCUUUUCACCACUGGCAGACCGUAUACAAUGCAUGCGUCGAGAUGGAAGUCUACAGAGUCGGUUGAAGAUGUUCCUCGGAUUACGGAUAGACGUGACAUUCGGACAUGCAGGGUUGAGCUACGAACAAAGUCGACACUUAAGUCUCUUGACGCACCAUUGCAUCCCGUCACCGAGCCCAGGAUAGUCGCAGAAUGUAUGGGGAAUAUAUUCAAGACUGUUUCCAAUGAGUCGAGCUUAAAGAAUGAUGCUCCGGCAUCUGCGGAGCUAGAAAAGGCUAUACCGCAGUAUAUUCAAGACCGCAAACUCGAGAGUCAGAGACUAGCUGUGUGGGCUAUGGUGACACCUAAAAGCAUAGCACGAACUCAUAUUGGGUCUCCAUCUGGCAGCAGCAUUGAUAUAUCGGCUUCUCUGAAAAGGGGUUCACGGCUUUACCGUGUGAUGAGUGGUGGAGGUGGAUGGGGCAAGAAGAAAGGCCUGCUCUCUCUUGAUCCCGAGUACUCAUACGACGACGAGGAGCCGAUAUCCAACCUUGUCUCUAUACAUGAGAUAUUCGAUGAGGAUGUUUCUGAGAAACAUAGCGAUGAUGCCAUUCUGUUCAACGUGCUGGAGAACACACCCAAAUUCACAGACGUUGACGGAUUGAUGAUGAGUCCAUUACGUGAGGUUGUGACGACCGGCGACAUCGUGCAGUUCUUCGUUGCUUCGUUAGAUAAUAAGCUGGUCCAGCCAGCUAUGCAAUCUGAGUCUUCGGCCACGCAUAAAGAUUCUACAGAAGACACUACUGUUUUGGACUUUUCUGUUCUACCUGCUCCUACUGAUGCUCCUGCCUCGUUUCCCAGCGAGAUGCUUCAGGAUGGAUCUAAGAAGUUAAACGACACUAUUGUCGAGGCUAAUAAGUUCGGAGCUUCCUCCGAGAAAUCUAUGGUCUAUGCUAGGACAGCGGGUGAUUUGACGGGAGAUCGAGUCCAAGCCUCAGGCACCAAAAUUGACGUCCCUGGUGCCAGGCUGGUGGUUGAAAUACCAUCAGAAGAGCCUCUCUUUAAAAUGUAA